GACUACAGCUAAAUGACGGCGGUGUGUUGCAAUGAGAAAGCCUCUUUGUGUGUUGUCAACGUAUAAAAGACAUUUCUGCCGCAGUUUCUUUCUUUGGAAUAAUGUCGGCUGAAUAUGAAAAUAGAGACAAUGGCCCCGAGGGCAUGGAGCCAGAUGGCAUCAUCGAGAGUAACUGGAGCGAGAUCGUUGACAGUUUUGAUGAGAUGAGCCUGCGCGAGACCCUUCUCAGGGGAAUUUAUGCCUAUGGUUUUGAGAAGCCCUCCGCCAUCCAGCAGAGAGCCAUUAUCCCUUGUAUCAAGGGUUACGAUGUGAUCGCUCAGGCCCAGUCCGGUACUGGGAAGACUGCCACCUUUGCCAUCUCCAUCCUCCAGCAGGUCGAUGUGGAGCUGAGAGACACCCAGGCUCUGGUCCUGGCUCCCACUAGGGAGCUGGCUCAGCAGAUCCAGAAGGUGGUGCUGGCCCUGGGCGACUACAUGGGAGCCAUUUGCUACGCCUGCAUCGGAGGGACCAAUAUCCGCUGCGAGUCCCAGAAGCUAACGGCCGAGCCCCCUCACAUCGUGGUGGGAACCCCCGGCCGCGUGUUCGACAUGUUGAACCGUGGACACAUCUCCUCCAAGUACAUCAAGAUGUUUGUGCUGGACGAGGCCGACGAGAUGCUCAGUCGAGGGUUCAAGGAGCAGAUCUACGACAUCUUCAGGAAACUGGUCAGCUCCGCACAGGUGGUCCUCCUGUCGGCCACCAUGCCAGCUGACGUGUUGGAGGUCACAAAGAAGUUCAUGCGUGAACCGGUGAGGAUCCUUGUGAAGAAGGAGGAGCUGACCCUCGAGGGUAUUCGUCAGUUCUACAUCAACGUGGAGAAAGAGGAGUGGAAGCUGGACACGCUGUGUGACUUGUACGAGACACUGACCAUCACACAGGCCGUCAUCUUCAUCAACACGAGGAGGAAAGUGGACUGGCUCACCGAGAAGAUGCACGCCAGAGACUUCACCGUCUCUGCUCUGCACGGUGACAUGGACCAGAAAGAGAGAGACCUGAUCAUGAGGGAGUUCCGUUCCGGCUCCAGUCGAGUCCUCAUCACCACUGACCUGCUGGCCAGAGGUAUCGAUGUCCAGCAGGUGUCCCUGGUCAUCAACUAUGACCUGCCGACCAACAGAGAAAACUACAUCCACAGGAUUGGUCGAGGUGGCCGUUUCGGCAGAAAGGGAGUCGCCAUCAACAUGGUGACCGAGGACGACAAGCGAACCCUGAGGGACAUCGAGACCUUCUACAACACCACGGUGGAGGAGAUGCCCAUGAACGUGGCUGACCUCAUCUAGAAGAACCCUCACACACGCCCUCUGUCCUCCCCACCCCGCUUAUUUUAGAAGUCAAACCUUGUUUCUUAUAAGAUCUGAUUCCAAGAACUUCUUUUGCUAAAUUCAGCCUCGACUUUUACCCCCUCCAUCAUAAAGGAAAGGGAGAACGCAGCCACCUCUCCUUCCUUUCCUUUCAAAUAGAUUCGGCCAUGUUGGAAGGAUGAAUUACUGACCUGCUUUGUGUGCUUUCUUUCCUUAGUCCAAUCCAAGACUCACCCUGCGGCUCUCCUCUCAAAUUCCAAUUUGAACAUUUCCACCCGCGGACUUUUAGCAGAAAGUUUGUAACAAGAGUGCAAAACGACCGCAUUUCCAAAAAGCACAUUUAAAAAAAACAAAAACCCAAGGUUCAUGAUCAAUUAAAGGAUUUUAGCUGAAUAUCAAAUAACAAACUCUGCUCGGUUGUGUUAACGUUGUGCAUGUUUUCAGAGAAACUCCUGUGAAAUGUGGCUGUGAUUUGUAGCUGCUGGAUAAGAGGUUUAGACUGCAGCUCAGUUUGGACUGGAAAAUUAAUCCAACAAGAAGCGCUGCAUUUGACCUGAUCAGUAUUUAAACAACCUUCAGUGUACUUUAAAAAAACAAACAGCCUUGAACAUCCAUGAUCAUGUUGCAAAGAGCAGUUUUUGGGGGCGAGAGUACACAGGGCAUACUCAAUAAAAAGACCUGUAUAGUAAAAAUCCA